UUCAGCUCCCUGUUACCCAUCAUCGAUGAUUAUUACGUAGAGAAAAUGGGUAAAUUUUUGGUAAUAAUGCAAACAGCUAAACAUCUGCAGCGGCAACGAGAAGUGCAACGAAUAUUUGAAAAGGCAUUCAAACGAAAUAUUGUCGAUAUUGUGGUCGCAAUAUAUGCUGGCAAUUCCACAUUUCACUGGUAUACCUAUGACGUCUUUCGACCCGGACACUGUCGCCAAGUGAUGCCGCGCAAAUUUAAUACCUUCCGCAAAGGAAUAUUGCAAUCCAAAGAGAUUUUCCCCAAUAAAUUGAAAAAUUUCCACCAAUGUCCGCUUAAUAUUGCAAUGCGACCUCCGGUACCGGUACUGGGUAGGUCGAGUUAUAUGACACACGCACUCGACGAGAAAUACUGGGGCAUGCAAGGCGAAACUAUAUGUUUGUUGGCCAAGAAGUUAAAUUUCCAAACAAUUCGUCAUCCAAUUAACGAGAGUCUGGUCAGCGAGGUCUAUAAAAAUGGUACUGUGACUGGAGUAUUUUACGAUUUGAAGCAGAAGAAAUUCGAUAUCCUUAUGGGUUAUUAUAAAUAUUUAACAAGGACACGUUACUUUGGCUCAAGUUCGGUGUACUUUCUUACGCCCACAGUGGUGGUCACUACGAAAAGGUGGCAACUUGAUGGCGAGUGGCUGUUGGCACCUUUCGGUCCUCGCGUCUGGUUAUUAUACAUAUUCGCAUUGACGCUACAAGUGAUGGUGGUCCAGUUGUUGCGAUGUAUUUCGAAAAUAUUUAAACUAACCUGGUUGGAUAUACUCGGCUUGGCAUUGGGCAAUUCUCGCAAUAUCCAAUACCAAUUCCAAAGCACCCGAUAUUUUGUGAUGCUCAUAGCAUUUGCCUUCAUGGUUAUUAAUGGUUCAUUUCAGGGCAAGUUGUAUGCAGCCUUUCAUCUGAAAUCAAAUCGGGGUCUUAACACGGUAUCAGAACUGAUUGCCAAGAACUACACAUUUCUCAAGAAGAAAUUUAUUUUACAAGAAUUGCUGGAUGCUCUGCAAGUUCCACGAGCACAAAUUAAGGAAUUGAAUUAUACCGAUGAUUUCGAGAGCUAUGAGCAAAUGCUUGAGUUUAACUAUCCAGUGGCCAUGCUGACAAAUUAUUGGCAACAUCAGGCCUUCAUCAGAAGCCGACGUCUUUAUGAUGAUUUCAAUACUUUACCUGGCAUCGUGGUGCUGAAUCAAGUUUGUGCCUAUACACGACCUCAGUCCUAUUUGUUGGAGCCUUUUAAUCGAAUUGUGGAUAAUUUGAAUUCGGCUGGUAUUCUCAAGAAGUGGAUGAUGGAUUUUUUGGGAAUUUUCGACUCACAAGAAGAACUAAAAAAUAAUGACGGAAAUAUGAAUAUAACACCCAUUGCAUUGUCCUUGGAAAAGAUACGUCUGGUUUUUAUUGGUCUGCUGAUAACAACACUGAUCCAAAAUUAA